CGCGGUCGGUGCGCGACCCGGGCUGGCGGUGGUUUCCGGUUCCGCGGGGCUGGCGGGCGGGCGGCCGGGAUCGGCGGCGGCGGCGGUGCCUGACAGACAAUGAGGGCGGCGGGGCGGCGCUGAGCGGCGGCGGCGGCGAGCGACGCGGGGCCCGGGGGCGGGGCGGGGCGCCAGCCAUGGACAAUCAGUGCACUGUCCAGGUCAAGUUAGAGCUGGGACACCGCGCCCAACUGCGGAAGAAGCCCACCACGGAGGGGUUCACCCACGACUGGAUGGUGUUUGUCCGCGGCCCCGAGCAGUGUGACAUCCAGCACUUCGUGGAGAAGGUGGUCUUCCGGCUGCACGACAGCUUCCCCAAGCCCAAGCGCGUGUGCAAGGAGCCCCCCUACAAGGUGGAGGAGUCGGGGUACGCUGGCUUCAUCAUGCCCAUCGAGGUGUACUUCAAAAACAAGGAGGAGCCCAGGAAGGUGUGCUUUACCUAUGACCUGUUCCUGAACUUGGAGGGCAACCCGCCCGUAAACCACCUGCGCUGCGAGAAGCUCACCUUCAACAACCCCACCAUCGAGUUUCGGUACAAGCUCCUGAUGGCCGGCGGGGCCUCAGAGGCCAGCCUGGGGAGUGGAGGCCCCGCGGAGGUGAGGGUUGAGCUGACAGCGGGAGUGGGCGCGGGCAUCUGCCUGUCCUCAGCGUGGCUCUCCUGCCCGUCCGCCCGCCCACUGAGUCAGACUUCCCUGUUUUCUUUGUUGCAGGAGGAGCCCAGGAAGGUGUGCUUUACCUAUGACCUGUUCCUGAACUUGGAGGGCAACCCGCCCGUAAACCACCUGCGCUGCGAGAAGCUCACCUUCAACAACCCCACCAUCGAGUUUCGGUACAAGCUCCUGAUGGCCGGCGGGGUGAUGGUAAUGCCCGAAGGAGCAGAAACGGUGUCCAGGCCCAGCCCUGACUACCCCAUGUUACCCACAAUUCCACUCUCUGCCUUCUCUGACCCCAAGAAGACCAAACCGUCCCACGGCUCCAAGGAUGCCAGCCGGGAGAGCAGCAAGGCCUGCAAGACCCACAAGGCGACCAAGGAGCACCGGGAGCGGCCGCGCAAGGACUCGGAGAGCAAGGGCGCCCCCAAGGAGCCAGAGCGGGAGCAGGCCCGGAGCGCCAAGGACGCGUCGCGGAAGCUGGGCGAGGGCCGGCCGCCCAAGGAGGAGAAGGCCCCAGCCGCCAAGGCCGCGUUCAAGGAGCCCAAGAUGGCCCUGAAGGAGACCAAGCUGGAGAGCAUGUCCCCCAAGGGCGGGCCCCCCGCACCCCAACCCAAGUCUUCCGGCAAGCGGCCGGCCACCGCCGAUUCGCCCAAGCCCAGCGCCAAAAAGCAGAAGAAGAGCAGCUCCAAGGGUCCCCGGAGCGGCCCCGGCACCUCGCCCCGCACCUCGUCCUCCUCCUUCUCGGACAAAAAGCCGGCCAAGGAUAAGGGCAGCGCCAGAGGGGAGAAGGUCAAGGCCGAGAGCGAGCCCAGGGAGGCCAGGAAGCCCCCAGAGGUGGACGAGUCCAACUCGGAGGACGAGGCCUCCUUCAAGACAGAGUCCGCCCAGUCGAGCCCAUCCAACUCCAGCUCCAGCUCCGACUCCAGCUCGGAUUCUGACUUUGAGCCAUCUCAAAACCACAGCCAAGGACCCCUGCGUUCCAUGGUGGAGGACUUGCAGUCCGAGGAAUCCGACGAGGAUGACUCUUCAUCAGGCGAGGAGGCCGCUGGCAAGACCAACGCAGGGAGGGAUUCCAGGUGCCUGGGCUGUUGGGGACCACCGGGCAUGGGCCCCGGCGCCAAAGCCCCCGGGAGGGGCGGCCUCCUGGGAUGCGGGGCGGGGCGCGCUGAGGGGCCGGCCCCUGGGGCAUCAGGCCCUCAUGUGGGUGGGCCCCGAGCUGAGGGGGGGUCCAGGGGCACGGGGGGCUGCCUGCUGAGCUCUGCCUGCCACCCGAAGGCCUACACAGACGAGCUGGUGGAGCUGCACCGAAGGCUGAUGGCGCUGCGCGAGCGCAACGUACUGCAGCAGAUUGUGAACCUGAUUGAAGAGACCGGCCACUUCAACGUCACCAACACCACCUUCGACUUCGAUCUCUUCUCCCUGGAUGAGACCACAGUUCGCAAGCUGCAGAGCUACCUGGAGGCGGUGGCCACAUGACCCUGGGCGGGUGCCGGGCCCCCGUCGCCGGGGUCCCGGGAGGCCAUGCCCGGGCCCCGCCUUCCUUCCUCUCGCCACCCGCCCGCCCGCAGCACUGCCUUAGUGACCGCCCUGUCCUCGGCCCGCACGGCCAGCUGCACUUUCCUCGCCGGCUCCUGGCCGGCGCGUUCCACCACGUCGUCGGGAGCCCCAGGGCCGAGGGGCGCCGGGCCAGCACUGCUGCUCCCCCACACUCAGGGGCUGCCACCUGGGCUCCCCCUGGAAAGCGGCUUGUGUUGAAGGCAGCGCGGGCCCCGCUCCUGAAGGGGAAGAGGCGAACCUGGCAGCGGGGGCCUGGCUCCCGGUGAGUGGCGCGGCUCGCUGCCGGCCUCUGAGCAGCCUCCCCAGCGGUUCAGAACGUCUCCACCGUGCCCAGGACCUCGAGGGCUCCGGCUGCACUGGGCUGGGCCUAAGCCGGACAGGAUCCCUCCGUCCGGUCCUCACUGUGCUGGGACUCGUGCUGUAUAGUUCUCUCUGUUGUGUGUGUACGUGUGCACUGUCGGUACAGAACGGUCUCUGGGUGUGUUUCCGUGGAGCAGUGCACGUGGGUGGGUGGGGGGUGCGUCACGAGGGACUUGGAUUAAGACGUCACCUUCCUUACCGUCUUCGGGUGGGAGGCUGAGCUGAGCGCCACCUGGCCCUCUCCCGGCGCAGCCCUCCCUGGCGGUUCCCAGGAGGCCCCGUCCUCCUGUGGCCCAGAAGGCACAGCCCAGCGCCAGUGAACGCUACCCGUGCGUAGGUCCUCUGCGCGCUCUGGCGCCCGGUCAGAUUGGCUGCGGUCCCCAGGAGCAGACAGCGGCGCAUCCUCUUCCUCCUCCUAGGAUCCUUUUCCUCCCUUCUGUUGGUCGAGUCCUCGAACUUUGAAAAAAAAUGAGCUUUUGCCAAAUAAGACGGGCUAGUUUGUGGAGCGUUUCCAGGUGCGUCAGGACUCAGCCAGCCCCUCACGCUGGGCCCUGGCCAGCGGCAGGCCCGCCUGGCACUCCUGCCUCCCUGGCUUGGGCCUGGCCCUCCGUCCCUGCGGUUACAAAGACCCAGAGACUCGCCUCCUCGUACGCCUGAGAUUCUCCAAGGCCCAGGCGGGUUCCUUUUCCCUCCCAGCUGGGGCUUCUGGCAGCUGGGGGCUGUUUGCUCAGCCUCUAUUCCCUAGACCUCAACUCCAGGCUCCUCCAUGCUCCCCAGCUGCUGCCCAGAAUGGGAUGUGGGAGAAGGGACUGGGCUCUGCGGCGGGCUCCUCUUCUCCCCAGCCCAGUCGGAUGGCCCUUCCUCCCCCAGUUGCUGAGUUCUGACAUGGGGGCGCCAAGCUCCCCUUCCCUAGGGGGCACCAGCCAUCAAUGCUGCUGGCAGACCCUGAACACUCCCUGGAGAGCCCCUGCCUCCAGGACGUCCCUGAGCUGCAGCCAUUCUCGUGAGAUCCCCAGAGCUCGGGGAAGGCCCAAGACCCUUCAGAGGACACUGCCAUGGGUCUGCCAUCUACCCGGAUUCUCUCCCAGCCCCACUGCCUUGAGGUAUUAGGAGGAGGGCAGCCUUUGGCAGGCUCUGUGCUGUCACUGUCCCCUCCCCAGGCAGGCCAACAAUACUCCAAAGUGGGGCACCUUUCUUUGGAAACUCCCCAAGACAUUGGACAAAAGGAACCGUUCUGACGUGGCUGCUCAGAAGGCAGCAGCUGCUUAGCCCUCUAUGCACAGACGCUGCUGGGGACUGGGCUCUGGCCUUUCUCCAAAUUGAGGAUCUCCUGGGAAGGGCCCUAGGCCCUCGUGAGCCUCACACAGCGACAGGGCAGCCCUGCUCUGGAGCUGGGCUCUCCCAGAGGCAGCUGGAGGCAGGCAGGGUUCUCAGCCCACCCUCAGGAGCGGCAGUGUCUGGCCUUCCCUGCUGUUUCUGGGGCUUCUGGAAGCACCAACCUGUUUCUCAGUUACCUCCUCUGGCCAGAAGGCCUGUGCUGUCCUCCGGAGCUGUUCUGGGCCUAGGGCUGGUCCCGUAACCACCUGACGGACAUGCCAGGCAGCCGGGGCUCCGACUGCAGCCUUCCCAGCUGCCUCCCCAUGCCGUCCCCAGCUGCCUGGCAGCUGGGCCUAUGAGGGCUCUGGGGACACUUCCAUAGGAAGGGGCUGGCACUUUGUGAUUGCCACGUGUUUAGUGUUAAGCCCUCUGCCCCUAGUGCAAAUCCCUGUGUUUUGCUAUCUCCUGAACAAAAUGUAAACCGACGCCUAAAAGCAAAAGGUAUUGAAUACCUCCCUUACCCAUAAGGGUUUUUACAAAGAAUGUGUCUCACUAGGAACUAGGACACUCAUCAGCCCAAGACCAACUCCUGGAUACAAGGAAUAAAGGAAAUCGUGUUUGUAAUAAGUCACAGGAUCGUUUCUGUCCUGGAUUUUAAACUUUUUGUUAAAUUGUGAAAUUAUGGAGGAGUUUUAUAGAAAAAAAAAGUGAAAUAAAGUCAGAUGGGAAAGCAGA